CUGCCUUUAGGACGGUCAUUCACUGCCUAUAAGGUUCACUUACAGACAUGUUUUCCAGACUGCGAAGUAUACUUGAGAGGAGGAAUGGACAACGUGGAGAGACCACAGUGAGGAAGAAGGAAGCUGGCCCUCGGUCUCACUGGAAAACAUGGAGAAUUAGAUGGACUUGGGGAAGACGCAGAACUACUGGGGAGGCACCAUCCCAACACUUCACCUUCACUGAGCAAAACCGGCAGAUGGAGAAAUCGGAGGAACUUACCUUUGAGCUACAGCAUAAAAAAUAUGAGCAAAUUGAGCUGAGAACAAUCCUGGCCAGUUACACCAAGAAAAAUUUGAACAACAGGCUGAAUUCUUUUGAGAUGAUGAAAAAGGACCAUAAGCAGGUGAUGUCAGACCUUCAGAAAUUGCCCCUGGAGAUCAGUGAUGCCUUGAACAAGUGCAAGCAGCUGACUGAGGAGAAGGAAUCCUACAGUUACCUCCAUAGCCUGAUCCUACGAGAUUUGACUCAGGUGAAAAACAACGUCCAUGAGUUGAGAAUGGAGAAGAGACAGCUCUGGCAGGAACAGACUGCACUGAGAGAGACCUGCGAGGAGGUGAAGAAUCUCUUUAAGGAGGUCCAGGAGAAGAUCUGUGUUCCCUGUGCUGAGCAGCAUCAGGAAGUAGAAAACCUGGAUGAAAGACUGAAGAACCUGCUGAAGCAGAAAGAGCUUAUUGCCCAGAAACGGGCCUUGGCAGAAAAGAUGGAGCAUCUCUUCAGUGUCUUAGAGAUAAGGUCAAAAAAUCUCCAGUCUGAGUUGGAACCAGCCUCAGCCCAGGAUGAGAGCCUCCUACAGACAGAACUGCUGCAGCAGGAGCACUAAAUCUCACAGCAGAUCUUGAAAGAACUGAGGAGGCCAAAGAAGCCUUGAUAUCAUGACAUUCUACAACCUCAGAUCUUGGCCUCAGGAGAAGUCAUCAGUGAGGCAAAUAACACCUGACCUCCAUGUGUCUCAUCCCCAGUAAGACCCAGCUGUCUGUUGACUCAGUACUCCUAAGGAAAAGAAAGCAUCAAUAAGGAGUUUGAGAUGCAGAAAACCUGGGACAAGAAUUAUUGAGAACCUAGACAUUCAACAGACUUUGAGGGUACAGCAACAUGGAGGGUAGACAUGGCUAUACUAGCUUUCAAAAGGCUUUUUCUAUCUGUUGACUGCCUUCCUACCAAGAUUUCAAGGACAUCACAGGUUGUAGGUCUGUGCUGCUACAUCUGUAACAAGAGAGUGCUGCUUAGCUUUGUUUAUUUAGUUUGGGUUUGGUUUUGUUUGCUCUUGUUUUUUUGGAUUUCUUUGUUAUGGUUUGAAUUUUUCUAUUUGUUCUUCAUUUUGUUUUUGUAUUUUGCUAAAUCUAUUCACUGUUUAUAUUGAAUAUUCCCUGUAAGUUCCUAUUUAGUAUUUUUAUGAAUAUAAAUUAAUUUCCAACUCUUCUAUCUUAGAACCAAUUUCUUUGGUCAAAUGUGGUGUCUCCUUCUAGUAGCCCCAAAUUCUCCUGUAACCCCAGAUCUCUUGUGUUCCCAGC